AUGGGCGGCUCCUUAAGACUCACGAUCUCUAUAUUUAAAUGCAGAAUAGAAACGCGCGAAAAUGGAAGUAUAGUCUGCAUAACUUUUUAUCGUAUCGAAGAACUGUACUUCAGAUUUGCACAUCAUUCCCAACGAUCUCACCAAAAUCAACAAUCCAACCAAGAAGGAAAGACGACCAUGAGCGGAAUAUUAUCAAACGCAGUCACAGAGAAGCUAGAUAAUGGACCACCCAGCUUCCAAGGCGAUGGUCUCAAGCAUAACUUGAGCGGUGUAUACCGCAUGGUCGACACACGCCUGAGCCGCGGUACCCUCUGGACGACGGAUAUGGUCAAAGAGAUGCAGGAGCUCUCGAAGCGUCUUGACAGUCUCAAAACCGGAGACAAAUACAGUGUUACGGCUUUCGAUGGCGAAAAAUGCGGUCUAAAGGUCCCGCCAUUCAACACUGAGAAGGAGUCGCUGGCUCUGAAGAUCGUCGGCUACCAAACGCUCUCCCAAAAUGUUGAUGAUAAUGGAAAUUAUAUCUCAGAGAAUGUAUACCGGCGUGUCCCCUUCUUCAUCAGCGCCGAGAAAGACAAGAAAACACAUAUAUUGCAGCAAGACUGUGUGCCCAAGAAGGGAAUAUGUUCAUGGCAGAAGGGUGGAACGCCCUGGAAGAUCUGGAAGCAAGAAUUUGAAUCCGGAAAGAAGUGGGCGAAGUACGCCAAGGAGCUGGAGAAUCUGGUAACGAAGAGUUAUGCAAAGUUAAAGAAUGUUGACAAAAUCGUGUGUAUCGCCCUAGGCUCCCUCAAAACUGGUAGUAGGAUUCCUCUUCCUGGAGGGAAGUUCCUCGACCGUGAGCAACCGGGCAGUUAUGUACAGCACCUAGCUGCUGAUAAGAUGAGAAAGAAACUGGAGGAGCUUACUCGUAGAAGGAUCAUGAUUCUAGCCCAGGAUCCAGCUUACUGCGGAAACUGUGGAGAAAUACUUCGAAAAGAGUUAAAUAUUGAGACAAGCACACAUUGUGAUGGCCUACUCAACAUCACUGCCAAUACGCUAGUCAUCAGUAUUGCACCGAGUUACGACCUUAUCGGUCUCACAUGCGACAUCACGCGGGACUUUGGCGGGCCGCUUGCCAUGCUUUGCAACGAGAUAGAAAUGGACGAAACCCGGUGGGACGGGUAUUUUCCAAAUCAGCCAUGGCUGAAGUGGGACCAGUGGGAUGGGACCUCCAGAAGUUAUGUGAAUGAGGAUGGGAACGCCGCUGACCAUACGACUCGGAGUAUGGCAGAAUAUGAGGCAAAAUGCACCAUCGCUGAUUUUGGGGACUUUGAAGACAUCUACAAAUAUACAUACAAAGAGUAUAGGACUAAGUACAGCGAUGUGCCGUUUCCGGGAGAGGUUAAAUCAAAUCGAAAGAAGUUUGUUGACGGGAAGAAGGGAGAUGAUGAUUACAAGAAGGAGUAUGGGUAUUCAUUCGCGGAGCACUUGGCUCUUGCAGAGAGGGCUCAUCCAAAGGGUCCAGGGCCUAAUUUUGGGGAGCUGAAGCUGUAUGUGCGAGAAUCGUAGAGUGAGUAUUCUGGUCGGAAGAUAAACCCGGAGCGGAGGAAACUCUAUUUCACAUAUCUCAUUUGCAGUUUCAACCUCAUGUGUUGAUGAUACAGCUAGACUUUGCGGGCUCCAAUAGCUAACACAUGCAUUCGCUAUCAACGGAG